GAAACGGUGUCGUUGCAUCUGCACGCGCGCAAACUCUCUGGCUUAUUAUUUUUCCUGCAAUAUGUGAAUUUCUGCUCCGGCAACAGAAUUUACAAACUCCGACCGAUUCUUCUGCCAAUCAUCUACUUGAAUCUUAGUUUAGUAGUUUAUUAACAACAGAUUAGCAGAAGCGUUUUUUACCGGAGAAAGUAAUUAGAUACCGGAGAAUGGAGGAAGAAGCAAUCGGAAGUAAAAGACUGAUAGAAAGCAGAGUAAUAGAGAAAACAGGAGAAGUAAUCUCAGCAAUAAAGAGUGCCAAACACGUCGAUCAAGUAAUUUGCGCUCUCCAUUCUUUCGCUAUCAUUCUCUUCCCUACUAUAGAUUCCUCUCUAAUUUCAGGUAGUCUCGACGAUCGGUACAGGAACCAAGUGCUUAGCACUGAAAUCCCUGCUUCAGAAGACAGAGAAGAAGGUUGGGAAGCAUUUUACAGGGGAGCUGCAUUCCCUACAUUAGCUCGGGUUUUGCUGCGUGAUGUGGCUUCCGAUUGGUUAGCUUGUUUCCCUCUUUCAGCUAAAAAGCAUGUGUAUGAUGCUUUCUUUGUGAAUGGUCUUACUACUGAGGUUGUUCAGGUUUUAGUUCCUUGCUUACAGAUCAAUGGAAAUGACAGUCUUCUUGAUGUUAAUGCUGUUCAAUCAAAUUCUGAAAGGUUACUUCUUCUCUGCUUACUUGAAAAUGAUGGAGUGGUGCAAAUGUCAAGAGAAUUUUGCAGCAGGUACCCAUCUGUUGAUUUUACAAACAAACAGCUCCAGCCAGAUGUAGCUAGAAUGGCACAGAUUAUUGCAUCUAUUCCUGAUAAAGCACGACCGAGAGCCCCAGCUUCACUCUCAUCACAUUUGUUCUUCAAGCAAAUUACCAUUCAACUUCUGCGUGAAGUACAAGAGAGAGUUACCGAUCUACUUGAUAAAAACUCUACUAGUGCAUGCUACAUAGAUGGUUCAAUGCUAUUUGCUGGUGAAACAUUUUCUCGUAUAUGUCGGCGUGGUUCUUCAGAUGUGCUGUUAGGUGAACUACUCCCUCGGGUGAUUCAAGAUGUACGAUGGUUUCUAUCGAGUCCCAAUCAAGCAACGGAACAAAUGUUUGAAGGAAACCCUAAAUCCCAAAUUUGGUUAAGCAUUCUGGAAGCAAUUAAAGAUUCAUAUGCUGUAGAAAGGUUGUCUGAACAGCUUUUACAUCAGCUGGCAAUUGAACAUGUAACUGAUAUUGAAGCUUAUUGGACUAUUUGGUUACUGUUUAAUCAUAUUAUUAAAGAUCAGCCAUCAGUCAGGUCUAUGUUUGUUGACAAAUUUCUAUUUUGGAAAGUAUUUCCUGUUUGUUGCCUACGAUGGAUUAUCCAAUUUGCAGUGCUUGGUUGUCCACCUGAUGCUAGUUUACUCAGUAAAGGUCAUGAUACACAUGUUCUCGUGGGCACAGUGCAGCGCCUGUUGGCAGUAUGGUCUAAAAGGGAAUUUUUGCAAACAGCUCCAGUAGAGCAGCAAGCUUAUAUAACUGCUGCUAUAGGCAUAUGCAUGGAACAGAUGUCUAAAGAGGAACUGGAUAGUUCGAAAGAUGCUAUGCACUCGAUUCUUCAAGGAGUCAGCUGUAGGCUGGAGAACCCUACUCAUUUAGUUCGGAAAAUGGCUAGUAAUGUUGCUUUAGUAUUCUCCAAGGUGAUUGACCCAAAAAAUCCCCUGUAUCUUGAUGAUAGUUGCAAUGAGGAGAAUAUUGACUGGGAGUUUGGAUUGACUAGACUUGAGAAUAGGACUCUGCCUGCCUUAAAAGAAAAUGACAAUACAAAAACAUUGACCAUUCGAGAGCCAGAAGAAGACUUGAACUAUUCAAGAUACGAUGGAAUGAGUGGGAGCAAUAAGGGUGAAAAAAAGAAAUUACGUAAAUUGGUCGAUCCUGAUGAAAUUAUUGAUCCAGCCACACUAAAUUAUGGAUCAGACUCUGACAAAGAGGAUGAUGAUGCAAGUGUGGAUUCUGAUUCCUCCAGUGAUUCGUCUUUACAGCCUUAUGACCUAACAGAUGAUAACACAGAUCUGCAAAGAAGAUUCACACAGUUGGUUGAUGUGGUUGGAGCCCUACGGAAAUCUGAUGAUGCUGAUGGGGUAGAGAGGGCUCUGGAUGUUGCUGAAAAGCUUGUGCGAGCAUCGCCCGAUGAACUCACACAUAUAGCAGGUGACCUUGCUAGAACCCUUGUGCAAGUUCGUUGCUCGGAUUUGGCUGUAGAAGGUGAGGAAGAACCAGCAGAAGAAAAGAGGCAAAGCGCAUUAGUAGCGUUGCUUGUUACAUCUCCUUUCCAGUCUCUUGAUGCUUUAAACAAACUGUUAUAUUCCCCAAAUGUAGAUAUCAGCCAACGUAUAAUGAUUCUUGAUGUAAUGACGGAAGCUGCUCAGGAACUUGCAGAUGCCAAGACCUUGAAACCUAAACAUCAAUCCAGGGUCCUCAUAUCAACGGCAGCAGAGAAUCAACCCUGGUUCUUGCCUAGUAGCUUAGGACCUCCAGGAGCUAGUUCCUGGAGGGAGGUAUCGGAAACAGGGUCUGUAUUGAACUAUUCUAAUCGUUAUGAGAGGGAACUCCCCCUCAAACGUGGUCAGAUCAGAAGAGGAAAGACUCGUCGCUGGAGUCUCAGAUCAGCAAAUACACAGGAAAGCCAGCUGGAGUGGACCCAUAACAAGUUUCCUGUUUAUGCAGCAGCAUUUAUGCUUCCUGCAAUGCAAGAUUUUGAUAAGAAAAGACAAGGCGUUGAUUUACUCGAUAGAGAUUUUAUCGUUCUAGGGAAACUCAUAUAUAUGCUCGGUGUGUGUAUGAAAUGUAUUUCCAUGCAUCCAGAAGCAAAUGCAUUGGCUCCCCCUCUUCUAGAUAUGUUAAGGUCCAGGGAUAUUUGCAAUCAUAAAGAAGCAUAUGUCAGGAGAGCUGUCCUUUUUGCAGCUUCGUGCAUAUUAAAGUCACUUCAUCCAUCAUAUGUUGCAUCAGCACUUACAGAAGGAAACCUUGAACUUUCUAAAGGACUUGAAUGGAUUCGCUCAUGGGCCCUUAACAUUGUGGAGACCGAUGUAGACAAAGAGUGCUAUAUGAUGGCUAUGUCGUGUCUCCAACUUCACGCUGAGAUGGCCCUCCAAGCUUCCAGAGCACUAGAGGAUGUAGAAUCUACGUUGAAAGCUAAGAAAAUUGGGCUCCCGUCUAAUUUGUCAAUGGGAACAAUCAGACUCCCCUACACAAAUAUGGAUUAUAGAUGAAUUGAUAUGCUGUGUAAUUCUGUACAGUUCCUCUGAAUAAGUAUAAGAUGUUGCAAGUUAUUUAGCGGGAACUUGUAGCAUUAUGAAGAUUAUUAAUGUUAAUGAUGCUUAUUAUGGGUU